AGUCGCCGACUCGAAACGUGAUCAUUGUUUUGGUUAUUUUAUUGGUGUUAUUAUUUCCUAAAAAUUGUAUUUUCAUCAGUUUAAAAUUAUUUUAAAAAAUAAAAUAAAUUACAUUUAUAGUAAAUUUCUAGUAUUACAUUAUGAAAGUAACAAUAAAAAGUUGGACAGGUGUUUCAACAUGGAGAUGGAUUGCAAAUGAUGAUAAUUGUGGAAUUUGUCGAAUGCCAUUUGAUGCCAGUUGCCCUGAUUGUAAAACUCCUGGCGAUGAUUGUCCUUUAGUUUGGGGACAAUGCUCACAUUGCUUCCAUAUUCACUGUAUUAUGAAGUGGUUACAUUCUCAGCAGACCAGUAGUUUGUGUCCGAUGUGUCGUCAAGAAUGGAAAUUUAAAGAAUAAUUGUGUAAUCCA